UUAUCAAGUCGAAAGUAACUCGUAAGGAAGGACGUAGCAGGGCUCGGUAUAAAACCUAAAAUGUUCAGAAGUUACCACUAUUACAUUAUAACUGCAAACUAUACUGUAGCAAUUUGAAGGAUUACUUCUAUCUCUUAAGGUUAAGGAAGGUUCCCAGUUAAAUAAAUUGCGUUGCUCAAAAGCACUCGGUUUGAAGAUUCUCGAGAAACGACGGAGUAUAGUGGUAGGCGCAUUGGUGACGGUGAAAUCGUGGAGGGGACGACCCCUCCUGCCCUACUCCGGUGCGCGCAACGUCAUUGUGCCGUGUGGGGCCAUGAUCGUUGGAGUGUGUGUGCGUCCCUCGAGCUACGCGCAGACCUACCCAGUAAAUACGAGGCUUCCGUUCCCUGUGCGUGUCGAGUGUCGAAACAGUGCGUAGUUAAAGGAAGUGGUAGACUUUCGUCUUCUUGACAUCCCGUGGUCACCGGCGUGUUCCAUCAUGCCGUUGAGUAUUGGGGUUAACUUAAGAGUGACCGGACAUUGUAAUCAGGGCGGUCGUAAGUACAUGGAGGACAUGUUCAGCGUGGCCUUUCAAUCGACACCGGAUGACAAAGAUCUGGAGUAUGCCUUCUUCGGGAUAUUCGACGGCCACGGCGGCGGCGAAGCUGCCACAUUUGCAAAGGAACACCUGAUGAAUGUUAUCGUCAAGCAGAAGAACUUUUGGAGCGAUCGGGACGAGGAUGUGCUGCGAGCCAUCAAAGACGGAUACGUGAACACGCACUAUGCGAUGUGGCGGGAGCUUGACAAGUGGCCGAGAACCGCAUCCGGAUUACCAUCUACGGCCGGGACCACGGCUAGUAUAGCCUUCAUUCGUAAAGGUAAAAUUUACCUGGGUCAUGUAGGAGAUUCUGGCAUAAUAUUGGGAUACCAAGCAGACGGUGAUCCUCAAUGGCGUGCAGAAGCUUUGACCAAAGAUCAUAAGCCGGAAAGUGGGCCAGAAAUGAUGAGGAUACGUGAAUCUGGUGGUAAAGUUGUUAGCAAGUCUGGUGUUCCAAGAGUUGUUUGGAACAGACCUCGUAUUGGGCACAAAGGACCUGUUCGAAGGUCAACUCAUAUAGAUGAAAUUCCAUUUCUUGCUGUUGCUAGAUCCUUAGGUGAUCUUUGGAGUUAUAACUCAGAAUUGAACACAUUUGUUGUGUCUCCAGAACCAGAUGUUAAAGUAGUCGCGAUUGAUGUGGAAUCACAUCGUUGCCUUAUUUUUGGAACAGAUGGUUUGUGGAAUAUGUUGACACCUCAAGCUGCAGUGGCUAUUGUCCAAGCUGCAGAUAGACAUAAUGAGAAACAUCUGAUUGCUUCUCAACAAACAUGUAAUGGGCAAGCUGAUAAUGUUCAACUAUGGAUAAAUCCUUCGAAAAGUCUAGUAGAUAGAGCUUUGGAAAAGUGGUCAUUAAAGAGGCUACGUGCAGAUAAUACAAGCGUGGUUACAUUAAUGUUAGAUCCACCAGGUCCAUCUCGUAGUGAGAUUAUAUUGAGCCAGAAAGAGUGUGUUGUGACACAUCGUACUAUGCACACACCUACAGCUACGCUUGCAGAAGCCCCAACAAGACACGACUGUAAUCAAGUCUCUCCAAGCAUACCAAGGCCUUCUCCUAUAAUAAAUCAUUAUGUUGAUCUUAACCGAUCUAUACCAGCUUUUUCAGAUGAGAUUGAGGGGAAUCGAAAGGAAUCGUAUGUGGAUAAUAUAUGUACAUCUGUAGAAAAAAUUGAAGAAAAUCAAUAUCAAAAAGAUGAAAAGCAUGCAGAUAUCUCAGAAAAUUUGGUCGAUGGAAAUGUUCAACCUGUAGAAUUAUCAUCCAAUGAAAUAUUAAAGAACAGUAUAGAAGUAAAUAGUCUCGAAUUUGAGGCAGAAGUAGAAAAGACAAAGACCAUCGAGGGACAACCAACAAGGACAACUGAAGAUAAUACACUAAAUGAGCAGAAAAAUUCGAGAUCAUCUCGACAAUCACCUGAGAUAGAAAUGAAAAACGAUCUUGACGUUUCAAAUGUGAUACACCAAAGUGCAUUUUCUAGUGAAUGUAAUGGUACACAUUCUUCCACAGUCGUUACUAGUACCACAGAGAGCAAUGAAGUAGUUCUAGCGAGUACUAGCUGUAAUGAGAACGAAGUAAAAGCUAACAUAUUAAAUGGAUCUCGUCACAGACAGACAACAUUAUUCUCAACCUCAAGAAGAGACGUUCGAAGCACGAGAAGGCUCAGCUUAGCUGCACAUCCGCGAAAUACUUUGGGGGAUUCUACUUCAUUGGAAACGAAAACAUAUGUAAAUUCUAGACUUAAAUCGCGUAGUACAAAGGUGUCGGUAUCGGGGAACAUGGCGGAGGAAGGUGUGAGAAAUUCGACGAGCAAAACGAGCGGUAGUGCUGUUGCUACUAAACGAAGACACAGUGCAAUAUCACAGAGUGUAGUUAACACGAUUGAGGAGUCAUGUAUGUUACAAGAACCAUGCGUUAAAAGGAGGACGCGCUCAGAGGAUCGUCCGAACCCGGUCGAUGAGAAUGAUCCAGCGAAUCAAGCCACAAAGGACGCGAGUGGUAGUAUGAGCUGGCCUAGCACGGAUUCCAACAUUGCUCGUUCUACGGCUGUUGCUACCACUGUACCUGUACAGGAAAGGCUACCGUCGCUAAAUAGCUUCCAAAGAAAUUUGGAGAAAAAAGCUACGCCAGUGAAAGCUAUCAGAAGGCCGUCUAUCAAAGGUCUGUUGAAACAAUUGUGGGCCGCUAGUCUCAGCGCAAGAGAGUGGGAUCAGGGAAGAAGUAAUCGAUCGAAUAAUUGUAACGAGCGGAGGAUAAAGCGAACCGUGUCUAUUAUAGGUUCUUCAGAUAAUACGACUGUUCCGCAACGUUGGCUCAGGUCGGAUACUAUCGCAGCGACACCUGUAAAAACACUACGUUCACGUAAUGUAGACAUAACUGGUCACACGAUAUCUCCACAAUUAGUACAUCAGUAUGGAAUAGUAAAGCAAAGUCGACUCUCUUUACCGUGUAAAUUGAAGCAUUCUAGUAAUAAUGGAUUUCUACAGUCAAGUAGAGUAAGGUCUUCCUCCUUGUCGUCCAGUAUAAAGCAAACUAGCAGUAAUACUGGGAACGGAGCUUGCUCUACGAUUAGUUCUACGAACACCGGAUGUAACUCUAGUUCCGGAAUGGCUAAGAGAGUCAAAUCACCCUAUAACCCAAGUGCUAGGUCAUUAAGCACGCGAUCUCGCAUUAAACGCCUUGGAAAAUGAGAUUACAAAACCAGUUGCAACCCAGUAUUACCAACAAUUGGAACAAGAAAUUACUAUUUUAACAUAAGUAGAGUUAGAACUUUUACAAUGUAAUGUAUAACGAAUAUUAAAAUAUUAGAGAGAUUGUACAAUACAUUGUAGAUGAUUUUGUAAAGGAGAAUUUGUAAAAACUUGAAUUUGUUACGUGAAUAUCUCUUAAGACCUGUUGGGUACUAGAUCGAAAAGCAUAGUUUUAAAACAGGUUCUGUUAAAAAAUUCUUUUUAAAUAAUUUCCAACUUUUCGAAACCAAUAAGGCGGCAUAUCUCAUUAAUUGUCAGCUUAAUAUUGAAUGAUUCCUUUCUUAAUUCUAUGCUUUCUAAUAUUUUACUAGCUUGUUAAAAUGUUAAUUAUAGUGUUUGAGGAAGCUUGAAACAGAAAAAGAUAAAGAACACGAACAUAUGUAUAAAAUGUGUGAGUAUGAGAGUAAAAGAAGUAAAGGAUAACUGUAACUACAGAGUGCGUAUGUGAUUUGUAGAAAUUAUUUUGAAUGAUUCCUUUAAAUGUUCCAGUGUUUUACGUGGGAGCGACUUUCAAAGAGGAUUAACGAGUCAUUAAAGAGAAAAUGUGAUUUGCUUACAGUAAGAUUAAAAAAAAAUGAAAAUAUUUAGUACGUAGGUACGUAAAUCAGCGAUCCGCUUUGGCCAAGCAUGGAGGUGACUGUUCAAGAUUCGUUCAAUCGACAUUAAGGAAAAAUGGGCGUGUAUAAUUAUGAAAUUUUGAUAUUUAACUUUAUACAAUGGCAGCACAAAAUCUAAGAAAGUCUUUCGAUAUAAUAAGGAAAAAAGAAAAGAAGGGACUCGUAGGUAGUUCGAUUCUAUUGUAUUCACUAUUGUAAGUAUUUAGUCGUUCGUAAUUACGACGAUAAUUUUGAAUAGCGUCUAUCUUGGUACGAAGCGGUACAAAAAAUGACUGUUAUGCGAUACAAAAUUUAGAUUAUAUUUAGAGCAGCUACAAAAAAGAGAAAACGAACGGUUGAGUGAAAGAAUUGAAAAAUUUAUUUUAUGGAUAUACAAUAAUUAUUCAACAAAUUUUAGCUUUUUCCCGAUUUUGCAACGAUCAGAAGGAGGCGGUUCAUGUAUAUUUUUAUAGGCGAAACACAGCAGACCGUAGGUACUGAGAAAGAACGGCUCGCAGAGUCGCGUUUUGCUCGCAAAAAUUUAUAAGAGUCGCCUUUCGAAGUUCGUAAAAUUAGAGAUGUGUUGAACAGUGAAUCGUUAAAAUGAUGUUCGAGAUGCAGAUGUUUCGUAUAAUUGUGUGCUUAAAUCGUUAAAUAGAAAUAUAUUCUAUUGGAGGCUUUUUUUUCAUUUAUUGCGAAUGCGGUGAUUAUUUUUAAGUUUAUUUAAAAUUUGCGAAUAGCGUGAAACUUCAGGAUAAUUUUAAAAGUUUGGUUGCAUGUGUGCUGAAGUAAUAAUAUGGUCAGAGAGAUUGAGAUGGUAAAUUCUCAUGCACGUGUUACAAUUUUGUUCCAUAUACAUAUGUAUAUCCUCUAGAAUAAUGUUUGUUAAAGAUUAGAGGGUGUUUUAUGUUAAAAUAAGAUUAUUCGUAACAUGAUUUUUAGUUGACUUCUAUCUGUUGGAAUAUUUUUUAUAGAAAUAGUACAGUGAUCAUACUUGAUGAAAAUUUACCAUCUCUCUGGAAUUAUUUGACCAAGCGAGAAAAGAAAAUGAAGACAUUCAGAAGCGUAUGCUUGUACGAAUUUAUCAAUAUUUUUAUAUCUUUCCGUUUCAUUGUAGACAGUGCAGAGAGAGACAUAAUUAUUUCAAAAAACAGAGAGGAAAAUAAUAUGAUAAAGGAAAGAAAAUAAUGACACGUGCCUACAAUAGUUACCAUUGAAAUUUGUAUAUAUAUAUGUAUAAAGUGUAUUCAUACAUAUAUCAUGAGCCAAGAAGAAAGUAAUUUUUUCAUUGUUACCCAGUGAAAAUAUAAACACCAAAUGAUAAAAAGGAAAUAUAUUAUAAGGUAGAUAAAAUCUGAGAUAUAUAAAGUAAGGACAUUCACUAUCUCUUCUUGGUGCAUGCGAUCAAGUAGCACUAUCUAUACAUAUAGAUAUACUGUAUAUGUAUGUAAAUAUAUAUAAGUAUAUAGACGCAUAUAUAUACAUACAUAUUGUAAAAUAAAAACGCAUAUAUUUGUAAGUCGUGAACAUGUAGAUACAAUUAAAAAAAAAAGAUUUAGAUGAUUGUGCUCAUAGGAGACAUAAAGAAAAUCUUCGCUAGCGUUUAUUUAUAUACAUGAGAAAUUAUAACGAAGGAAAUGAAAUGUAGAAGUGGACGAGGAAAAAAGGAUCCGUCUAGUUCUGCGCUUGUAGAUUUAACAUUCGUUACAUAGAACGUGAAUUAAAAACAAAUAAAUAGAAAAACUAAGUAUUUUCUCUGAGAGUCGAAAUAAACGGGAAAAGGAAGAAAUAAGAUUUAACAGAGCAAGACAGAAUUGUAUAGAGAGUGGAAAUUUAUAGCGGUUUAUCUCAGGUUAAGCAUAGGUUGAAGGAGGCAUACUCGAACAAAUGUGUGAUCACGUUUCAAAUCUGUAUAUUUUAAUUAAAUAAACUGAAAUAUACAAAUGUU